GCAAGGCCUUUUAAGUCCAUUUUGAAUACUCAGCAGAAUGAAUUGCCUUGCUUCCAGGAUCACAUUCACGAUUGUUCUUAACCUUUUCUCUAAGUGAGUCACCGUCCUAAGUCAGCAAAAGGCAGGAUGGAUCUGACCCUUGCAAGCGUCUUCUGCCUGUUGAUGUCACCAGGAGGAACUUGGUGACGAUAUGAAGAUAGAGGUUCUGAUUCUUAGGACCUGCAGAGUCCUGUGCUCCUGUAUAGCCAUAGGUCCAGCUUUUGAGACAGUUUCUUUUUUUAUAGUCUUGGUUGUCCUGGAACUCACUACAUAGACCAGACUUGCCUCUGCCUCCUAGGUGCUGGGAUUGAAGGUGUGUGUUACCUCGUGGAAUCUCAGAUGUCUAUGGUAGGAUAUUUUCGGAUGUCCUUGUAUUAGGUCCAGUGCUUAUUUUUACCCCCAGUUUCCGGCUUCAAUUUGAGAACAAUGGGUCUUCUAUGAAGCGAUCUCUAUUCUCUAAUUAAGACAACCUCUUUUUUUUUUUUUUUUUUCUAAAUAAAAUCUGGUCUCAUAGCAAAGGGGAUAGUUUUGAGCCUGAGAAGACACUGUAAACAGUUGCAUUUACUAAGUGUGUUCUUUGCUAUGUUUUCUUUUGUUUUUAGCUCUGUCCUGUGCGGUGAUAUAUUGUCCCUCUUACAAACUGGCAACUUAUCUGGCCACAACAGAAGGACACUGGAGGAAACCUCACUGGCGUCCAAGGCCUAGAAGAUUGUUCCACCACCCCAGGGAGCUUCUGAGUGUUCUUUGAAAUGCUGAGAAACUUGUUUCGGAGGAGACUUUUUUCUUAUCCUACAAAAUACUACUUCAUGGUUCUUGUUUUGUCUCUAAUUACCUUCUCUGUUGUAAGAAUUCAUCAGAAGCCUGAAUUUGUUAGUGUCAGUCACUUGGAGCUUGCUGGAGAUGAUCCCAAUAGCAAUGUUAAUUGCACCAAAGUUUUACAGGGUGACCCAGAAGAAAUCCAGAAGGUGAAGCUUGAGAUACUAACAGUGCAGUUCAAGAAGCGUCCGAGGCGGACACCGCAUGACUAUAUAAACAUGACCCGGGACUGUGCCUCCUUCAUCAGGACACGCAAAUAUAUUAUGGAGCCCCUUACUAAAGAAGAGGUUGGCUUUCCAAUUGCAUAUUCCAUAGUGGUUCAUCAUAAGAUUGACAUGCUUGACAGGCUCCUGAGGGCCAUCUAUAUGCCUCAGAAUUUCUACUGCAUUCACGUGGACAGAAAAGCAGAGGAAUCCUUUUUAGCCGCGGUGCAGGGCAUCGCAUCCUGCUUUGAUAAUGUCUUUGUGGCCAGCCAGUUGGAGAGUGUCGUAUACGCCUCCUGGAGUCGGGUUAAGGCUGACCUCAACUGCAUGAAGGACCUGUACAGAAUGAAUGCAAACUGGAAGUACUUGAUCAAUCUUUGCGGUAUGGAUUUCCCUAUUAAAACCAACCUGGAAAUUGUCAGGAAGCUCAAGUCCUUCACAGGGGAAAACAGCCUGGAAACUGAGAAGAUGCCUCCCAACAAGGAAGAGAGGUGGAAAAAACGAUACACGGUUGUGGACGGGAAGCUGACAAACACUGGAGUUGUCAAGGCGCAGCCUCCACUCAAAACUCCUCUCUUUUCAGGCAGCGCCUAUUUCGUGGUCACUAGGGAAUAUGUAGGCUAUGUGCUGGAAAAUAAAAAUAUUCAAAAGUUCAUGGAAUGGGCACAGGACACAUACAGCCCGGAUGAGUUCCUCUGGGCCACCAUCCAAAGGAUCCCCGAAGUCCCUGGUUCUCUCCCCUCAAGCCAUAAGUAUGACUUGUCUGACAUGAAUGCUGUCGCUAGGUUUGUCAAGUGGCAAUACUUCGAAGGCGAUGUUUCCAAUGGCGCGCCUUAUCCACCGUGCAGUGGAGUCCACGUGCGCUCUGUGUGCGUCUUUGGAGUUGGUGACCUGAGCUGGAUGCUGCGCAAACACCACUUUUUUGCCAAUAAGUUUGACAUGGAUGUCGAUCCCUUUGCCCUCCAGUGUUUGGAAGAACAUCUGAGGCAUAAAGCCCUGGAGACCUUAGAACGCUAAGUGCUGUUGGCAGUCCUGGGGAAGAUAAAGACACACAAGCUGUACCCUCAUCUGCUUCCCUUCUCUCCUAUCGGGUCCUCCUACUGGGGCGAUGACUUCAAAGUCUUCCUGUCAGGGAAGCUGCGUGGAUCCUACAGAACAAAGCUACAAGAGAGAUUGAUACAUUGCGUGCUCUAGAGUAAAUGCGAGGAUGGAGUUAGGAUGGCUGGAGGUUGGGGAAGAUUUUGUGGACAGAGGGGACCUAGGUAAUUGAGAAAGAGGCCAAUGAAAAGCAUCAGCCUUGAGAACUAAUCAAAGAACCCAGGUACUUAAUCUAAAUGAGAUUUGAUUUGUGCCAAAAGUCUCUUGAAAACGUUAAGCAUAAUUUUCUUGACAGGAAUAAAUUUGUAGCAACAACCAAUCACAGAGAUAGGAUUUCUCUUGUAUGUUUUUUGGAACAGACGUCUGGUCUUACUCUAACUUAUCCUUGUAAAUAAUUUCCUUCCUGCUGUGAUUUUGGGUAGGGAGUCUCAGGGAGCUUAAAAUAUGUUUGACAUGAAUAGCUCUGUCUUAAUUUUCACUUAUAACUACACAUACAUGUUUUCAAAAGCAAGGUGGAAAGAGGACAGUUUCUAGUUCCCCGAUUUCUUUUAGUAUUCCUUUAUUAAAAAAGAACCAGCUGGGUGUGUCACCAGUGCCCGUGAAGCAGGGCAGUUGUUUAAUCUCGAGUGAUAUCGGCCAAGCUGGACAACAAAACAAGAAGUUGUCUCUUUAAAAAGGAGAAGAAAAUCAACUCGAUUUUACAAAUACAUAGUUUUUUCCUUAUCUUGUCUCCCCAGACUGCUUAUACUGUCAAGCUGCAACAUGUCGCUGUUUAAGGACCCUAUAUCUGUGUUUUGGGUCUUCAAUGGGAUCCAGUCACCUGUAACUAGUGCAAAAAAUUAGGGAGGGUGAAGUAGGCAUCCAAGGGGAGAUGGGAAUCUACUAAAGCUGUUGCUAAGCCCCUGGCACAAGUUCUGUCCCAAGAAAUUAAGGUUUCUGCCUACUGGAUCCGAUUGUGUCUCAUGUGGCCGCAUUCUGGCCUUGAGUAUUCAUGUUAUCUGCCCGUUGGCUUUUCUUAACCUGCCAGUUUCCUUCUCUCUCACGGCCUUGAUGAGGGGGAAAGAAGUAGAGAAGAAUGCCUGUGUCCACACGAAGUGUUUGAAAAGAGUUGUGGUAUCAUAACAUGUUUUCACUAAAAGACAAACGGUCUAGGGUUUCUUCAACUCGGUCUCUUGUCUCUAGUGCAGGGUUGUUUGUUUGUUUUCUCUUAAUAUUUAGCUAAAUCUAAACAGGAUUCUAAUGAAAUGUGAAGACUUGCCAUUUGAUUUGAAAUAAGAAUCAUUACCACGUACUUUCAUUUACUUUCAUAAUCCAGAAGAAAAUCAUAGUAUCAGACAGUUUUAAGGUAUUCGGCAGAGAAAGUGUGUUUUCUGCCUCAAAGCUAUGAAAUGUUUUAGGAUCAGGAGAUAAGCUGGGUUUUGUGUUGGACCAAUAGAAACGCGUUUGCCACGGGGCCACCAGCGAUGAUGGCGGUGCAGCUGACGCCGUCUACACAAUCUGGCUUCUGCUUUCUUUUUUUAGUUUGUAACCAAGAUUUGUCCAAUGGUCCUUUUCGUACAAAGGCUUUUACUUAUGAGACAGGGCAUCUUUUAAAUCUAAAACCGGUGGUACCUGGUGACAUAUCAUUUGGGUAAGCCGCUGUGACUUCAACAGAUUUUCUUUUUCCAUCUUGAAAGUGCAGGGUUAAAGCAGUAGUCUUGGGAUCCAACAAACGGCAAUCCCAACCUGGGGUUACCGGUGGUCAACACAUCCAGCCCGAUUUGCUUUAUACUCAAUGAGCUCUUGAACUUUGCAAAACUGGAAGUUUAUUUUUUUUUUUAAUUACAAGUACUUUUUUUUUUUAAAAAAAAAAUCAACUAUUUGAUGCUAUUCAUCUAAACACUCUUAAUUGUAGUGGUGCUCCAUUUCAAUUAAGUGGCAAGUUUGAGGAUUGUUUAUUUUUAUUGUUUGCCCCUCUUCAGGAGUAAAACUAGGAUUCUAGAAUUCCAGAGCCUCGAGUCAAUGCUGUGAAGCCUCCUACUUCCUGUUACCUCACCUUUGUAGCAUUGCACUUGUUCAACGGAUGCUGUAGCGCCCAAUGCCUGCCACAGGGCUUGUACAGUGUCUGUUUACUGUGACUCAAUGGAUUUUAUUUCUGGAGCUUUUCAAUAUGACUUAAAGCAAAAGAAAUUCAUACAGUGGGGUAAAUAAUUCAAAGAACUAAAAAGGGGACUUGGAAAUGAAUGCAUAAGACUCCAGAAGAGUACAAUUGCAGCUCAUUUGGAGAGAUACAGGCUUUGUUCAUGUUUCUAGUAAACACUAAUUUUAAUGCUAUCCUUGAGGUUUCUUAUAGACAUUUUCUUUUUUUUUUUUUUGGAGCUGGGGACCGAACCCAGGGCCCUGCGCUUGCUAGGCAAGCGCUCUACCACUGAGCUAAAUCCCCAACCCCUUAUAGAGAAUUUUUAGCAAUCACAUUCACAAAUAAAAUGGGAUUCUAGUUACUAAGUCAAUCAAGAUUAUAUGUAUCAUUUGUUAGAAAUAAGUUAAUUUAAACAUAUUAGUUUAUAGGCAAUUGCCUAGGUUCUUCUGAUGCUGAGGUUUAAAAAAACAAAACAAAAAAAGAUUUCACUUUGAAAUUAUUAUUUCUAAACAUGUGUUUGUGUCGUUCAUCUAGUACAGUUCAUUUAAGUGACUUUAUUUCCUCUUCCCAUGAUUUUAGUUGGAAGAGGCUGGCUGGGUAGGGUAGACAGAACUGGAUGUUUUUAGUUGCUUAAAUAAUUAUUGUCAUGAAGUAUAUAAUGUAAAACUAUUUAUGUUUUUGAAUGAAUUGGUCAUAUCACCAAUAAAAUCAGUUGUUGAGAAACCAA